GCCUUAGUGACUAAUUUGAAAAAUUAACAAGUUCUUCGUUUCAAGAAAAAGAAAGAAGAAAAAUGUCCAACUCAAUGAUACCGAAUCGCGAAUUUUUAUUAGAUAUAUUCCAACGAGUCGAUAAAGAUCAUUCUGGUGAGAUCACAGCUGAUGAAUUACAACAAGCACUUUCUAAUGGUACAUGGACACCGUUUAAUCCAGAAACAGUGCGUUUAAUGAUUGGUAUGUUUGACAAUGACAAAUCAAAUAAAAAUUCCUCAGGUAUGUUCGAUAAAAAAAAUUCUGCUACUGUCAAUUUUGAAGAAUUUGGAGCUCUUUGGAAGUAUAUAUCAGAUUGGCAGUGUUGCUUCAGAUCAUUUGAUCGAGAUAACAGUGGAAAUAUAGAUAGAAAUGAACUGAAAACUGCUCUAGUGAGUUUUGGAUAUCAUCUAUCAGAUGGAAUUAUUAAUACAUUAAUGCGCAAGUAUGAUCGAGCUGGAAGAGGAACAAUAUAUUUUGACGAUUUCAUUCAGUGCUGUGUAGUUCUGCAUACACUGACUUCAGCAUUCCGACAAUAUGACACAGACUUAGAUGGUGUUAUUACAAUUCACUAUGAACAGUUUUUAGGAAUAGUUUUUAAUCUUAAGAUUUAAUAUGAAUAAAGAUAAAAACUGAAGUAUUGUACAAGUACAAACAGUGAACGUGUUAAAAGUUUCUAUUAACUUUUAAUAAGAUUUUUUAACGAAGUUUGUCAAUUUUUUUACCAAAAGCUAG